AGCUCAAGCUGCCGUUUGCUCGCGUACUCCCAGGCACUGGUACCGCAAGCAAACAUCCAGUGCGAUCCUCAUUGCAGCACCCCUUGGUCACUGCGCGGGAUGCUGAAGGGCUGCGUUCCUGCGGGGUUACACGAGAGCCGCCGCAGAGCGCGUUCUGCACUGGAGUCGUUGCGGGCCGCGGCGCACGGAGCCCGCGGCGUCGCCGCACACGCUGGGGCGAGUGCGGGCUCGCAGGAGACUUCUCUGGUAGCGCGUGCCAAACUGGACGCUGCAGGAGACGUCGAUCUCGAGCACCUCUGGAAUGAGAUAUGGAGCACGAUCGAACUUGGCCACCAGCACAGUCCCUCCAGCCGCACCUCGCCAGCUCGCCCUGCGGAUGAUCUGGCAUCGUGCGUGACCCCCGAGAAGCGAGAGACCAAGGCAGAGGCCGACGCCAGGCGCGCGCGGGCGGGCAAGCAGCCCAAGCAUGGCAGCAGCCUUGCUCUGGGCCCGGAGGCCCUCACUGUCGCGCCCUCGGCUAAGCUCAAGCCGCUAGUGUCGGCUCCCGCUACCGCUUGCCCGGCGUGGCCCAAGCCCAGGCCUGCGCGGGCGCUUGUGCGGAGCCGCAAGGUGCAGCCAAGCUUAAGCAAGCAGCAGCUGGCUGCCUCGACGGCCAUCCACUACGGCGUCUUGGGGCUCCGGCGGAGCGCCUCUUUAGCAGAGGUGCGCGCGGCAUUCAGGAGGCUCGCAUUGCAGACGCACCCCGACAAAGGUGGCGACCCUGUCCAAUUCCACGCUGUGGCGGCUGCUUUCGAGGAGCUUGAGGACCCAGACCGGCGGGCCGCGUACGACAAGAAACUCGUGCAGAGUGGUUCCACGGACGGCCUCGACGCAGCUGAAGAGCAGGUGGCGCGUUGCCCAGGCAAGAAUGCCAAGAGUGAGUCCGUUUCCACCGCCGUGGCCCCCCGCGCGCUGUACGAGCAAUUGUUGGAUUUCCUUCCAGCCACCUGGCCGAAGAGGCUGCUCGCUGUAGAGAUUCCCACGUUGAAGGCGUUGCGGGAUCUAGCCGAUCAGCUUCACAAGCUGCACGGCAUGGCGCCAGCACACGACGAGGUGUUCGCCGCCGAACGAAGCAUCCACAAGCACAAUAAUGGGCUCUACUCGGUGACCGUCUCGUGGUCGUCGCUGAAGGUCAUGUCUGGCCGCACACGUUCGCUGGCGCAGGCGAUAGACUGGCACGUGGCAUUGACCAGGGUCAAGAGCAGUGCCGCGCGCAGGCUAGCGGGCAGCCGCCGCACUGGCGCAGGAGAUGAGUUGAUUCAGGACGAGAUGCUUGCCAUUCUCAAGGAAGAGCCUCACAUUCAGUUGGCUUUCCAAUUCACCGUACAGAGCCACGGUAGAACGGUGGUCACGCCCGCAAGCAGCAGCUUGAAGCAGGCGAAGGAGUUCCGGCACUGUGUCUCGCGGGCCACGAAGCGCACGCUGGACAAGGCAUUGGGCCUCGCUGCCCAGGAUGCCCAGCAGAGCAGGCGCAGCCGCCACGCACAAGGAGGCGCCCUGGUCUUGGCCCUCUGCGGCGAACUCCGCCGUCGCGCUGUCGCCGCCGCGGGUGCGGACGGCGCACAGCAGCGAGGCGUCAAGCGCGGCGCCGAUGCAUCAGCGCCGAUGCUCGCCCUGCCGCAGCCCCUCAGGCGCCUGCGGUACAAGACAUCGCCGCUGCUGGCCUUGCCGCCGCCCCCAGGGGCCCAAGUGGCGGGGCCGCCGCAGGGUUGCUCGAGGAGGGCCGCCAAGGAGACGCAGAUGCCGUGCCUGCUGGUGGCCGGCGAGCCCCCGGCACGAAGCGCCGCGGGCGAGCAUCUGGGCGAACAGCUCCCUGCAGCGAAGCGGCCGAGGGUCGACGGCAGGGCGCCUGCCUGCACGCCGCGGCCCGAGCUGGGCGGAUUCCUCUCUGGCCCGGCGGCCGCCGCAAGGGCCGCGAGCGACGGGCCGCGUGCAGCGCCCGCGCGCUCCGUUGCCGCGGGUGACCAGGCUGGCGAGACGGGGGCCGCCGCCCUCGCGCCGACGGGCUCCGUUGACGGCAUGCAGACACGAGGCAGGAGCAGGGCGGCAGCGACCGCCGCAGCCGCGGCCCUCGCGAGGCUGAGCCCCGUGGGGCCUGGCAGAGCAGGUGCUCCAGCGCAGGGGCCUCCUUGCCUCGGCGCCCGCGCGGCAGGCUCCCCCGCGGGGCUGCGCUGCACGCCCUCAGGGUUGGUCCUCUCGGGGCCGUCCCCGCUCGAGCCACCCAGCGGCAUCUGAGCCAACGGCCCGCGGCGCGGGCGUUGCUGUGCGGGGCGGCGGCGCUGCUGGCCGCGGCCGGGGCGCGGGGCCUCCGGGCCCGGGCCUGGGCGGCGGGGCCGCAUGGAGCGGGCAGGUCCGGCGUCACGGCGCGCGUGAGUCAGCAGGAGGCCAGCCAGGCGAUGGACAGGAGGUCGCUGGCGCUGGGAGCACGCAUUUUUUCGCAAUGCACAAGAGAUGUUGGUUCUGGCAUCGAGGACACUGCUGAUAAUGCAACGGGCCAUGACCCCGAGAGUGUUGAUCUUCUGUAGUGCGGGCUUCGGGAGUGCGGAGUCCGAGCAACUUGCCAGGGCCAGCGGCCGCUCGAGCGCGGAUUCUUUUGCGGGUUGCAGAGUGCUCGUGGCCCACCGCAGACAACAUUGCAAUUUUCUGCGCGUGGACCCUUUCUAGUUCAAGUGCUGAGCAUGGCUCUUGGGGCACGGAGCCCUAUUGUUCUACUUUGCAUCCUUUCUCUGGGAGCGCAGCGCCAGUGCAAUUUACUCGGAGCCGUGUCCUUUGGAACGGGGAAUUGCCCGGUACCGGGGAGCACUCCGACCGCGCUCCCGCCCGUGUCGGGCGCCCUGCCUGGCAGGAGCGUGGAGGCCAGCUCGACUCGGCCCGCGGCGCGGGGACGCGCCGCCAAAUCUUCCAGGUCGCCCAGCGGGAGCGCGAAGCUGAUCGCGCCUCGCGCGCCGCAGUCUGGGCCAGAGGGCUGGCCCUCUGCAGGGGGCGGUGCGCGAUGAUGACCGCACAUCGCGGGGCGCGAUUCGCGAAGUCGGGUAUUCCGAGUCUCCGAAGCUAGGGCACCGUCCGCCAGUGGCUUUGCGCCAGGCGGGUGGGCGCUUCCGCUAGCUGCCCAGCCCGACUCUGGCCGUCGAGGCCCCUUGCCUUCGGGGACAUUCUCGGCGCCCUCCCGUCAUCUCGCUAGCAGGGCAGAGUUUGGAAUUCGCCGUCGCUACUUGGCCACACCAAGCGUACGCAUAUCUCUUCUCCCUCCUUCCCUCCCUCCCUCGCUUUCUCUCUCCCUCUCUCUCUCUCUCCCUCGCUCUCUUUGUCUCUCUCUCUCUCUCUCUUUCUCUUCUC